UGCAGCACUGCAGCAGUCACAAACUUGUUUUUUUAUAGACUAGAUAUUAUAUCAAAGUAGUUUGUUCAUUAUAUGGUCAUGAAUGCAUAUGCAUCACAAUAACAUAAUUAGAGAUGGCAACCAUUGAGCUUACACCGGAGUUGAUAUUCGAGCGAAGAGAUGAUGUAACUACGCCAGGCUCUGAAUUAUGGAAUUCGACUGGUACCACCCCUCGUGCGAAAGCUAAGCCCAGAAACCAGGGUCGUGGUUAUCACUCGCUUGGUUCUGCUACUCUUCCAACUCGUGGAAGAAAGGGUGGUAAAAAUGGUUCAGAAUACGGUGUUAUGAUCAGUAUUAAGGAUAUAAAGGGCCAUCCUUUUGUAGUUUUAGAAGACAAGGAUAAACAAAAACACAUGGUUCAAGCUCCUGAUGGGGAAACUCAUAAUCCUGCUCUAUUGUCUCCCGCGAGACUCAAUGGAUACACACCAGAUGCUGAAUAUGAUGAUUCACUACUGAGUUCAUCUUCUUAUCCAACUUCUUCUGUUACAAGCGGUUUAAAGCGAGAAUCUACCCCUUCCCCAGUACCACGAAAUUUUUCAAAGGGUCCAGGCCGACAUUUUGGCAGAUCAAAAAUACCUGCUAGUGCAAGUAAUCGUUCACGGAGUCUUUCACCUGGAAAAGCUGCAAUGGAGCGAAGAGCUAACAGAACGAGGAGUGUUUCACCACCUCGUAGAGAACGAACCUCAAUUAGUAAUGAAAGAUUAAGACCUGUCACAAGUCUUAUUGGAUAUUUUGAAUCUGGAUCUCCGACUCCUGACCCAUCUACUAUGGCUAAGCCAGCCAAAGUUAAUCUGGUUGGGUCCUCUCGUAUUCGAGAUGCCGCUAAAAGAGUAAAUGCAGAAAGAAUGACUUCACCUACAAGCACAGCAUCAUCGAGUAUUAGUUCUAUUGUCGAUGUCUCAGCUAGAUCACAGAAAACAAAUUUGACAGUGACAACAGUGGAUAGUCCAACCAAAGUUGGUAAUAAGAAACCAGAGGGAAGGUAUUUUGCUAUUACGUCACCAGGUCCUGUGACACCUAAAUCAUCAUUUACGCUUCCACGAAAAACGAGUGGACCUCCUGCCAAACAACCUGAAUAUUUAACGCUGCAAGCUCGGAAAGCGGUGUUUGAAAAUAAAUCUGAUGGAAGAGCACCAACACCCAAAGCCCUUAAUGAAGCAAAAGUCAUUGCCAAACCCCAGGAAAUGAAGCAACAAACACCGAAGAAGCCUAUUUCACCGAAACAUGAAGCAAAUAGGAACCAGCAAGAAGACAAGAAAGUUGUUGAAGAGAGUCCUAUUGUUCCAACUCAUGUCAGUAAAGCUAAAUUUGUAGGACCAAGCCAAAUGCUACUCAAUAAAACAAGGCGCAGAAGGAAGGCAAAAAAAUUGUCAACUGCUCAUAGUGAAAGUGAGUAUAGCGAAUCUGAAUUUUCUGAUGCGGAAUCACUCAAACUUGGAGAAGAUGCAUUUAAAGAUGAUGAUGACGAGGAGGAUCAAGAUGAUAACAAAAUUGAUAGCGAAGUUUCAGAGUUAACACUUGUUUUAAAUAAAUUGCCAGAUGAUGAGGAAUAUAUAAAACAACUCGGCCAUAGAAAAACCCCUAGUAUCAGGUUUGAAAAAAUAAUCAGUGAAGAUGUCACUAAAAAAGAAGAACAGAUGAUGUCUCCUUCUGAACUUGAAAAGCACCGUCACUUAGUACAUGACUUGCAAGAUGAACUUCGAUUGUCGAAAAAGCAAAUUCGAGAAUUAGAAGAAGAAGUCCGUGAACUAAGCGAUAAGCUUAUUGUUGUUCAACAGGAUCUGGAUGUCAAAAACUCUGAAAAUGGAUUGUUACAAAAAGAAGUGAAUUUGCUGAAAAAAGAUUUAGAAGAAGCAUUGUCAUCUGAUGAAGAAGAAAAGCAAUCUGUCAUGAGCCUUGAACGAAUGCUAAAAGCUGCUCGGAGAGAGAAAUCUACUUUGGAGGAUACAAUUACUCUAUUGGAAUCGCAAAAAACAACCCUCAAGUCCCAACUUCAAGAUGCUAGACGUGAAAGAGAAGAUGGAGAAGUGCAAAUGAGGUCGUUACGACUAGAAGUCGAGAGAGAGAAAGGAAAAAUGAGAGAACAUGAAAGAGAUGUUGAAAGUGUUAAAAAGGAACUGGCAAGAUCAAAACGACAAACUGAUGCCCAAAUUCAUGACAUGGAACAUCAGUUAUCAAAAGCUGAAAAGAAGUCUCAUGAUCUUCAAAUCGAAAACUCAUCACUUGAAAAACAGUUGUAUGAUUUGAAACACGAAAAAAUGGCAAGCAUGAAUGAAGAUAAACAUGUAAAUGAAGCAAUGACGCAGUUAGAAGAGUCAAAGUUAAAAGCAUUGCAAGAACUUGAAGCUGCUCAUGCAGAAGUAGAUGCAAAAGCUAGAGCGUUACGGGAAGCCGAUCGCAAAAACAAUAAACUGCAAGAGGAAUUGAGACGCAUGGAUCAGGAGAUGGAAGAAGAAUUGAAAGAAAGAGAGACAACUUUGGAAGAUGCUCGUCAAAUCGAGCAAAAGUAUCGUGGUCUUAUGGCACAAUCGCAAGUUUCUAAUCGUGAUAUUGAAAUGAUGAAAAAAGAAUUGGACGAGGCAGUAACGAAGGCAAAAGAUGCAGAACGAAAGAUAGAUGAUUUGCAAAAUAGUCUCGAUGAGAAAGAAGCUCUUCUAUCUUCUGCUGAAAAGAAAAAUAAAUCUCUAAAUAAGCAGUUAGAUGAAAAUUCGUUUGCAAGAACGCAACUAAGUCAAGACCUUCACAAUUUGAAUAAAGAGAAUCAAAAGCUAAGAGAGGAUAUAGCGGAUCUUAAAAAACGACUCAAAAGAACAGAAAUUGAAAUGAUGGCAAGCAAAGACGCUUUGGAGGAUCUCAGAAAAGAUUUACGACAAGCGACAGAUGAUGCAGAUAAAGAACGCUAUAAGGUAUCAGAGAUCGAUCAUGAUACUCAAGAUUUGAAGGAGGAUUUUGAUCGUGUCAAGUCUGAUAGAGACCUAAAAGAUCAAGCUUUGAAAAAUGCUAGAGAAGCUAUCGCCAAAAUUGAAUCUCAAAUGAAGGAAUAUGAAGAGACUCGAUCCAAAACUCAAAAAGAGAAACUUCUCAUUGAGACUGAUAGAGACGAAGCCAAGAAAGAAAUGGUUAGACUUCAGAGUGAAGUUGAAUCUCACAGCGAAGAAAUAGACAAUGCAAAUCAGUUAAUAAAAGAUCUGCAAGAAAGAUUGGCUACUGAUAGAAAAUUCUCUCAAGGGGAUAUGGACAAAAUAGAUGAACUUCAAAAAGAAAUUCAAAAACUUCAAGAAGCACUCGACGAGAAAACGCAACAAGUGUUUGCCGCAGAAGAAACGAUUUACAGACAGAAAGAAGUGAUUGAAGAGAUGAGUUCCAUUCAGCAAUCUGCGGAAAAAUCAGCGCUUUCAGAAAUGGAAAAAUUUAUGGCAGAAACGGAGAAACAAUUUAAAGACAUUAAUAAACAACUUGAACAGAAAGUCGACGAAAUUAAAAAGCUUGAAAAAGAGAAAAAGGACCUGGAAGAAGAUUUAGAAGAACUUGAACAACAACAUCCCCAUCUUGAGGAUGAUAGGGAGAAAGAGGAAGCUCUUGUUAAUUUGAGUCAAAAAUUGCAAGAAGAGGAGGAGGAUAAAAAACAUAUUCUCUCUAAAUAUCAUCUGGCACAAGAUAAAGUUGGCAACCUUCAAAAUGAACUUGAGAUUGAAAAAAGUCGAGUACAAAUUUUAUUGGAAGACAAAACAAAACAUAAGGAAGAGACUGACCAUCUGCAAUUAACAAUUGAAGAACUUGAAGACAAAUUAGAACAAGAAGCAAAAGAACUUUCUAAUAUCACUUCCCAUCACCUGAAAACUGAAAUGAAAUUACGGGACGUUCUUGAGCAAGCAGAAGAUGAAACAGACAAAGCUAUUAGAGAGAAAGAAAUUCUUUCCAUGCGAACGGAGGAACUGGAAAAACAGGUGGAAGAAGCGGAAUUGACUGCACAAAGAGCAGAAGAUAGCAAACGGGAAACAGAGCAUGAAUUACAGCAACAAUUAGAAGCAAAUUAUAAGUUGCAACAGACUCUAGCUGCCCUGGGAAUAGGCCAUUCGCCAAGUGGGUCAGAUGGAAAAGGUAGUUUACUAACUUCGAUCUGAUAGUUUAUCAUAUAUUGUUUGAAAUUACUAAAAUUUGUUUACACUAUUUUGGGUUAAAAAUGCGAGAUUCUGAAGACAAAAGGGCGAAUACUGGAGAAUUUUUUUUUAUCUAAUAAUAUUGAAAAAAAGUGAUUUUUAGAUAACACGCGCUCCCACAUGAAACAGAAAGGAUAAAAUUUGACAUCCACCCUUUGACCGCAGUAUAUUUGUGAUAUAAAUAUACAUCAAAGAGUAACAAGUUCUAGAAGAUGAAAAUAAUUAUACGUUACGAGAGUUUAUAAAUAAAAAAGUACCCUUUCCUUUUGUUGAAAAUAAUUUUUCAGGUUUCGCCCUUUUAGGAUAAAGCUCUCAGAUUCUAAAACUAUUCGAAUGGAUUUUUAGCUUCGUCGAUAAUUGAAAAAAUUAUGCUUAAUAAAUACUGGUAAUAUGUCAGACUGCAUGGAUUUUUUCAAUUAUAUAAUUCUUUAUCUUAAAACACAUCAAGUUUAUUAAUUUUAAAUGUCCCAUCUCGGUGCUUUUUAUUUCCAAUACUUGCCACUAACAAUACCUUUAUGUGAAUAUUCAACCAAAACAUAUAUUAACACGAAUAUAUCAGUUACCUCAAUGUACUAUGUCAAUGCGAGCAAGUGCCGAAAGAAAAUAUUAGAUAUCAUUUCUGCUAUUUGAACCUAAAAGUAAAUUGUUACAUCAUAAUUCUGCUUUUGAAAAAUUGUGCUGCAUAUUAGUUGUCUGAAUGCUGAUUUACUUGAAUCUACCAUUGUGAUGUUUAUAUAUUACGAGUUACGACAGUCAUUUUUGUUUCUUUUGGGUGGGUCGUUAGAAAUCCUAUAAUAUUUUGAAAUCAGUUUACAUGUUUGGUAAUUGAGUGGUGAAGUUUUUAUUAUAGUUCCACCUACUUUAUUUUGUUUGUAUAACAAAAAUAUGUUUGUAUUUUUUGGAAACAGUGUUGGCAGUCAAAGUCAAUAUUCAGUCAUAUAUGUGAUAAAGUACAUUGCUCAGAAAUUGCUAGAAAGCGGAAUAUUUUCAUUUCCACCCAAAAUUGUGACUACAUCAUGAAUUCAAAUAAUCUUGUAAUUUUAUCUAUUUAAGCAUGAAACUCCUCUGAUCAAUUUUUAUCGUUUUAUGCAGUAGCUUUACAGCAAUUGGGCCAAAAUAUUUGGCAAUUCUUUUCUUUUUUAUUUCAUAUAACUUACACAAUUUAAUCAUGCUGUAUUGAUUUUGUAUAUCUAAAAUUCACUUAUUUUAUUUUCAUCAUUGUUUAUCAUAUGCGCACACACUCCCUCCAUUUUUUUUUUUCAUUUUUUAUCAUGUGCCGUGCCAUAUCAGUUUUUAUUCAUUUUGUGUAUCUUAUUAUCUAUCGGUACUAAGGAUAUUUUAGAUAAUUUCAUCAGCCAUAGUAGUAUAAAUGGUGCAUAGUAAUUCAAUUUUUGUUGUAAUUGAGACAAGGUCCUAUAGGAUGUACAGUAAAUCGAGAAGAACUUGAUACACAAAGUAUAAAAUUUCUUGAAAGUAUGUUAUAAUUCCACUUCCUAAUGGCUAUUAUUUAUGUAAUUGAACCCCUAGUUAAUCCUGAGCAAUACAAGCCCGUUAUUUAUGAAAUAGUUUUCCAUUUUUCUAAAUAUAUAUUAGCCUGUGUUCUUCCAAAGUAAACUACUUUGCUUUGUGAUGUAUGGUAAUUGAAAUUUUUUGCAAUUACAUUUCAAGAUCUUCUUUACUGUCAUUAUCCUUUUACGGCCUUAUGUGGCAUUGUAUUUUUAUGUUGUGAUUUCACAGUAUUCCGUCUCUUUCAUUCAACUAAGGUGUAUUAUUUGUGGUUUUGGUACGCUGGCUUCUAUAUUGUGUUAUGGCUGUUUUCAAUCGAAAAUUUUUCUUUAGAUCUGGAAUGACAACGCAUGAAACGUUAAUAAACAAUAUAUAGUUUAUGAAUGGAUCAUGCUUUGUUAAUCUUGACCAUUAAAUUGGAAAAUUUUCAGUUGUGAUGUGAUGAAUCUACCCAUUGUGCCUUGUAAUUUAUCAUAAUUGACAAGCAAAUGCUGUACUUUUGUAAAAAAAAAAUAUUACAAUUUUAUUCUUGCACUGAAGCUUUUUUGUAUUAAGAAUUUUCAUGUAUCCUGACUAUGUUCUGUAAUUUUUGUUUUUGUGAAAAAUAUUAGGAUUUUAAUUUAUCCCUACAACAAGAAUUUUCAUGCCUACGCUUCCAGAUUUAUGCUCAAAUGGUAUAGAGAUCAAUACCUUCUUUGAUAUUAUUGAGUUUUUAUAGUAUUAUUUAUGCUAUGUUGUAUAAAAAUCGACCUAUCCAAUCAGUGACCAAUCAAUCAAAAUUCAUAUAAAUUUUGUAUCAUAUUUUUUAUAUUUUCCUCAUAUAUUAAACAACUCUAACCCUGACCUAACAUUUUUUAUUCUUUGGAAAUUUAAAAUGUUCGUUUUUUAAAAUAAAAAUUCACUAUUAGGCCCUAUAUGAUUUUGACAGAAUAGGACUAGGGCGGUGGCCUAGUGGCUAAAGCAUUAUACUUAACUAUAAAGACAUGGUAGAGUAAAAUUCCAGGUUCAAAUCCCAUGUCACCCAGGGUGCAAUAAAUUGGGUAAGCAGAUGCUGAAUCGGAAAUAAUUCGUCUCCUCCAAAAUAAAGCAGCUGCUUCUGCAGAGCCUUGUUCAGGGCAAACUGCAUUUCAUUACUCCAUGCCAUAAUAUAUUGUAGCAAUCCUGUUAGAACUAUACAUCUUUAAGAGGGUUAUUUUCCAUGUGCCCCUCUUGUUAUAUUAAGCUAUUUUAUUUGAAUCUGCAUUGUGCUAUGUUUCACCUCCAUAUUUUUACUAGUUUAUGAAGUUUAUUUUCGGUACAAGUUAUCUCUAAUGUUUUUAAAUGAUUCCAAACUGUCUCCCUUAAAAAAUACUGCCAAUUUUUAUUGUUUUGGUUACAGGUGUUGUAUGAUCAUGAAAAUAUUAUUUGACCAUGGCAGAGGUUCCCAAACUUUUCGAAUAUAUUUACACUUUGCGAUACAUAAUCAUUAUGAAUUGAAAAGAAGAUUGACUUUGUUAACAAUGAAUUAGACAAGGUUUCAUAAUAUAGGCAUAUUUCAUUUAUGCUAUAUGAUUGUUCUCGUGCACAUUGGCGAAUUUUAACCUAAUUUAUUAAUGUUCGAUUUCAAUUGUCAAACUUCCAUUUCAAUGUUGAUUUUAAUUGAUUUGUUAUUUUCAUGUUAAGUUCUGAACGUAGGCGGAUGAGGAGUAUUUUUUUUGAAUAGAACAUAUUUUGUGACGUUUGGGAACCACUGGACUUAUCAUCAACUGACUGGAAUUCAAUGGAAUUCAUGCUUCUAUUGUAAUGAAAUAUUUUUUGAUUUUAUUUCGUUUGUAUAUUAUCUACUCACGAGGCUGCUAUUGUCUGAUCUUAUAUUAUCAUUCACAAACUGCUAAUCUUGAAUUUUAUAUUUUUUGAAAUUUGUUUUACUAACAGA